AUGGAAAAAUUCAAGGACGAGAAGCUCCGUCAGCGCGUUCGGGAAGAGUCCGAAGAGCUUCGGCAGCUGAAAUCGGCGCUCGUCCGAGGAUAUGUGAACAAGGAGCGAGAAAAGCAGAUCCUCGAGAAGAUUGAGCGCCAGCAGGAGGCUAUCGUCGAAGAAAUCCAGUCAAUCGUUCUCACUGAGCAAAGCCAAAAGGAGCAUCAGGAGGCCGAGGAACAAGCCGAAAAAGAGAAGCAGAAGAAGAUGAUUUGCUACAAGAGCGAACUUGGCAGUCAAUUAAUCGCGCAGCGGGAGGCUGAGGAGCGCGCUUACUUUGACUAUCUCGAGGAGAAGCGCCAGUGCGACGAAAUGAUCCAGAAGAUCCAAGAAGAAGAUCGAGUCGCGCGAGAAGCUGAAAUCGAGAAGAAAGAAGAGCAGCGCCAGUAUAUCGAGAAAUUCAAACAAGAGCAGGCUGAAUGGCGAGCGCAAGAACUCAGACGUAAUCAAGAAGAAGAUGAGCGUGUUGCUAGAUACAAAGCAGAAAAAGAUAAGCAGCAGCAACAGGCAGAGACCAAAAAAGCAGACAACAAUGCUGCCAAGGAAUACUGCCAAGAAAAACUUGGAAACAUGCUCAAGGCAAUUCGUCAAGAACAGGAAGAGUUCGAAAAGCUCGUCUGCGAGUUGGCUAUGAAUGAGCAAGAAGAGCGCGCCAAGCAAGCUGAGAAGGAGCGCGACGAGAAGGUGAUCCGCGAUCGAGAAGAGCUCAUGCGUGUCCAUCAGCUCCAGACUCAAAUGAAGCAGGAGCGACAAGCCGCUGAGCAGGCUCAGGAGAAUCUCUACAGAGCUCAAAUUAUGGCGAAGUUCGCUGAGGACGACCGAAUCGAGCAAAUGAACGCUCAAAAGCGCCGAAUGAAGCAGCUAGAGCACAAACGAGCGGUCGAAGAACUCAUCCGAAUUCGCCGAGAGAAGAAAGAAGAAUCUCACAAGCAGGCGAUCGCCGAGCGAGAGCGCGAAGCCCAGGAAGCUAGAAUCAAGGCGCAGAUCAUUGAGGAAGAGAGACAAGUCAUUCUGCAGCAGCAUGCUGAUCAACUUCUUGGAUAUCUUCCUAAGGGUGUCAUUAGAGACCAAAAAGAUCUCGAGCGACUUGGAGAAAAGUACAUCGAAGCUUACAAGCCAACAAGCCAGCGCGAAUUUGAAAAUCAUUUCGGCGAAGAAUAA